AUGAGUGGAGAAAACUCAGAAUCUUCUCAAACCAACCCAAUCAAUGACCAUUCUAGUCCCUUUUACCUUCACCCAUCAGACUCACCAGGAAUGUUGUUUGUCAAUUCUCCUUUUGAUGCCAAGAACAAGCUUGGCAUGAUUGAUGGUAGCAUUGAGGCACCGGAUGUCACCUCUGUUAAUCACAAACCUUGGGCCAGGUGCAAUGACAUGGUCAUUUCCUGGAUCCUUAACUCUCUCUCUAAGGAUAUUGCUGAGUCUGUCCUUUACUCCAAGACUGCAAGAGAGAUCUGGAAAGAAUUAGCAACAAGUUUUAGUCAGUGCAAUGGAGCACAACUCUAUCAACUACAAAAGGAAUUAUCAGAUGCAAUGCAAGGUAACCUAGACAUAGCAGGCUAUUUUACUAAGGUUAAGAAAAUUUGGGCUGAGCUUGAUGCAAUCAUUACUUUUGAUCAUUACAACUGCAAGUGUAUUUGUGGAGGUAGAGUCAAAACAAUCCAGUCUCAUCAGGAUGGUAGGCUGAUUCAGUUCCUCAUGGGACUGAACAGCAGUUACUCUAGUGUCAAAAGCACCAUUCUGAUGAUGGACCCUUUACCUACUGAGGUGCACAUGGAAGCACACCCCUCUGAGUCUGCUUUCAUGGUUUCAAACCCAAGGUUCAGUAAUGGUCAAAGAUUUACUAACAACAACACUCAGCAAAACAACAACAAUGGUGCAAGGUUUAGUAACAACAAUCAGAAAUAUGGUUGGUCUGAUGGAAAACUCAAAGGGAACUUUGACAAAUAG